UUUAAGUAUUAGUAUGUCACAUUGAUAACUGACAUUGAACUCUGAACUCUAGAAAGAGGAAAACCAUAUGCGCACUUCGUUUACGCCUACUUACUCCACUCCACUCUGGAGUGCGCAACCCGAACUCGCCUUCUAUGUGUUUUUAGUUUUAUGUUCUAUAACUGUCAACGUCAAAAAUAUUAAAAUUUGAGGUUCUGUGAGUUGAGGUUAAACUUCAAAUAAUAAGAUGAGUUUUCAAAAUCAAAACUAGUAAAAAAAAGUUAUAUAAAGUACAAGCGUAUAACAACUUUUUAUAGAAUUAAUAAAUAAACUAAGAUGGAACGAACUGGAAGAACAUUAUUAUACUUUAAACGCUAUUUAACUACUAAAAGCCAACCAUUUACCACAAAGUGUCAGACUUUAAACAUUGCAACUUUGGGAUCUACUAAUUUUAGUACUGAAAUUUCCACUAAUCAUAACCACUGUUGGAAAUGUGGGAUAGUCAAAAAUAGCCUGGAUAUGUUUUGUGAAAAAUGCCAUAGCAUACAAGCACCCAUGCAAAAAAAUAAUUAUUUCAAAGUACUUGGAGUCGAAGAAGGAUUUAACGUUGAUACAAAACUUUUAAAAGACAAAUUUCGAAAGGUUCAGAGCCUUAUACAUCCAGACAAAUUUAGUAACAGAACUCAUGAGGAACAAACUAUUUCAGAAGAAUAUUCUUCUUUAAUUAAUAAAGCCUACAGUAGCUUAAUGUCACCAAUGAAGAGAGCUGAACAUUUACUUCUGCUACAAGGAGGAGAAACUAUUGGAGAAAGUCAAACUGUUGAUGAACCUGACUUUUUAAUGCAGAUAAUGAGAUUAAAUGAAGAAGUUGAAGAUGCAGAACAAGAUAUUGAUAAAUUAAAACAGUUGGACGAGCAAAACAAAAAUGAAUUGGAAAAAUUGGCCAAGGAAAUUGACAAGUAUUUUAAAAAUCGAGAUAUAGAUGCUGCAAAGAAGAGUAUUAUUAAAUUGAAGUAUUUUACUAGUAUUAGCAAUCGAAUUAAUUCAAUAUUUAGAGAAGCAGGCGUCACAAACUAAGUUCUACUUUUAUCAUUUAAGUUAAUUACAUUGGAUAAAAUUUGCCAUAAGUUUAGUGUUUUUAAAUAAAGUUACAGUAUACAG